AUGCUGGGGCCCAUUCGUCAAGACUCCAACCUCGCCAGAGACAUGCACGAUUGGUUUAAUCUCGUUGCUCUCUUGCCUGUCAUUUAUUUGAAUUUGCGGAACUGGUGUUGCGUCACCUUUUCAGUGAGCCUGUUAAAGAAUACCAUCCUGGAGAAGUCCGUGGUGGGGAUGUGGCACGGAGAGGUGUUUCAGGAAUUCUGGUGGACUACCUUGGCCUACUUUAUCUUGGACAUUCUUUGGGUCAUCCUUCUACCAGAUUGUGUGAAGUCGCCUGGUGUAAUUUUGAAGCAUCACUUGGCGACUGUAGGAUACAUUUUCAUUCCAAAGCUUCGGCCAGAGCAUGGCUGGCUGAUGGGCGCUUGCAUGAUCGUUGAGGUAAACACCUGGUUUCUGAUUGCGCGCAGAGCCUUGAACAAGCGCGGCGAUCGUAUGUUCACAACAGGCGUCACUUUCUGGAAGUCAAUUCGAACCGCAACCAUCUCUGGCUGCUUCUACCUCUCCUGGUUUGUGAUCCGCUUGGUGAUCUAUCCCUACCUGCUGAUCGUGAUUACACGUGAGUGGAUCAAAGAGUCCAAUCGAGUCGGCACUCCUUUGAACCUCAUUGCGAUCACUCCCGUCAUGCAGUGCGUCUUCAUCUUCUUGAACAUGAAGUGGACGGUGGACCUGAUCCGAUCAAAACUCAAGGGCCGCGGGGCUUCCAAGGGCCUCUAG